AUGCCAAGCCAAACACAAUGUUUCGGCCCAAAUAAACGGGUGGCAACUGGAUCAAGGAAUAAGAAUAAAAUUAUGGAGAUGUCUCGAAAACAGUAUUUGGAAACUCGAACGAAUAUGCGUCCUGUUGCGAAUAAAGCCAAUCAUAAAGUGAACGUUGGUUCACAACUGGACAAACAAUUUCCUUCGAAGAAUACCAACAUUGGUCAGCCAAGCGCAAAAAUAGUGAACAAUUCAUCGGUGGCAAAGGGUGCUAGCAAGUCAAAUCAUCUUUCUACAGCAAAGGGUAUGAAGCAGCCUACUGCCUCAAGCUUCGAAAAACGCUCGAUUUCUGUAGAGAAACGAAAUGCUCUCUCAAGGUCAACGGUUGAUGGAAAAGCCAAAUUGAAGGAAACACAUGCCUUAAAAAGGAAACGAGAGGCGAAUGAUGCUUCACAGCCAACUCAGUUGAAGGCUGUGCCAGGGUUGCUUCCAAAGACAACCGAUAGAUUGGGUCAUUAUAGUGACUCGUCGUCUUGGUUAAAGAAGCGAGAAAGUUCUGAUAAAGACAUCACUUGUGCAAAAUAUAGCACUACAAAAUUGGAGUUGUCUAAGGACAGCUGCAUGACUGAAGGUAACGACAGACAAGAUGAAAUUGUGAUUGAUGGUGACAAAGAAAAUGUGAAAUUUGGUGAAUACCACAAGGAGGGAGACACUACGAAGGCAAAACAUACUCUGGAUUCUACAUUGUCCGGCAUCCAUUGCAAUUCGUGGAGCACCUCUUCAUAUCCAUUCGGUAGAGACCUUCCCAAAUUUCAAAGAGACAACCAUUCUAUGAACUUGACUUUUGAAAAUGCUAAGAAAAGAGAGCUUAUAGAAAGAAACAUGGGUCAAUUUGCUAACUUCAAUGGAAAAAACAUGAAGAAACUCAAACAAUCCAGAGUAACAUGGAAAGAUGAAGCGGAAGAUGGCGGUGGUGAUCUUAAUCAUGUGGGUUUGGAGGAUGACACUACUACUAUUUUAAAGAAUGAUCACGCUAAAGUCUCAGUGUCAUCAUGUGUUGAACAACAAUGCUAUAGUUGUUCGAAACCCAUUGACAAACCUACUUGGAGUGGUAUCUUUAAGACAGACGAUAAGGAAUAUGUAUCAUUGGAUGGACAUUUGUCAACCAAAUCAUGUGAGAAAGCAUGGAGUUUGUCCAAACAAUUGCUUAAAGUGGUUGAAGUGAAAAAGCUUUCGAGGUUGGAGGUGUGGCCUAAGGCAUGGGAGGUACCAAAACCGACUGCCGAUGACAUUGGCAUCUAUUUCUUUCCUCAUGAAAUGAGGCAAGACGAAGGCUUGGACCAACUAGUUAGAGAAGUCAUGCAAAAUGAUUUAGCUUUCCGGGCUAUUAUUGGUGAAGCCGAGAUGUUGAUAUUCCCCUCUAUUCUAUUGUCCAACCAUCACCAGACAUUUCAGGGAAAACACUACCUAUGGGGAGUAUUCAAGCGUAGGGAAGACAAUGGUGUUCUGGUUGAAGAACCACUUAAUGCUAUGGGGCACUGUGAGAAGGAAAAGCAGCAAAAUCUUGUCUUAGACCAGCCUAAUCGUAAGCUACCAAGUGAAGAACCAAAUCAAGAAAUGAUUCGAAUGGCGAGCGUCAUACCUUUGGAAAGACAUAUGUUGCCUCCUAAUAAAAGUACUCAAGAAGUUGAAGCUAGCCGUCUCAAAGGGCCAACCAACAAGGGCUUUGAUCUUAAAGCUCCUAGUGAAGAAGGGGGACAGGCAGAAGGUACUCCUGUUGCUACUGAUGCCGCUGCAUUUCCAGCAAGCCAUGGACAGAUUAACCCUAGUAUGGGACAUACCCCAGGCAGGCUGAUGGGUUUUGUUGUCCGAAAAACUCCAAAACUUGAUCGAAUUAUCCGAGAGAUAGAACAGGAAGGUGCAUUGGUAUUUGCUAUGCAAGGGGAGAUGGUGCUGGAUCUUGGGCAGCCAGCAAGGGUACUGCCACGCAAAAGUAGAGGCCAAGGCAUGAGGUGCUCUCUAGAAACAUCUAGGUAG